AUGAAUGAUACAAACUACGUCAAGAUCGUGUCGCCUCUUUUCCCCACUAAAGCUCUAGAAGCCUUCAUGCUCUUCAACUUAUUUUGUAUAGAGAUCACAGCCAUCCUUGGCAUUAUAGGAAACGGCGUCAGUAUUGUGGUGUUUGCCAGGCAGGGGUUUAAGGACAGCAUCAACGUCACGUUGGCUGUACUGGCUGCCAGCGACAUAGGGGCGCUGGUCACCAACCAGAUGUUCGGGUUGCUGAACAACCCGUGGUUCCAGAAGUCCAACCUGCCCAUCGACUACAGCGGCGUGGCCACCAUGUUGGUGUACAUCCCACACAACUACUUCUCCAGAGUGUGCGGGUUCGUCACCGCCUUCGCCUCGUUUGAACGCUGCCUGUGUGUGUUAGCGCCGCUUCAGGUCAAGCAGAUUAUCACAAGAAACGUCGCUAUCGUCGUUAACGUUACUAUCUGUGUACUGAUGCUGCUAGACUUUGUACCCUCCUACUAUAUCUAUUACCUAGACUGGGUUUUCAUACCGGCAACCAACCAAACAAAGCUUCUCAAAUUGUCACGCGUGGACCCUAUCAACGUCUUCAGCAAAUCUCUAUACGUCACAGAAUUCACUCUACCUUAUCUGACCUUCUUCUUCAUUAUCAUCACCACCGUCGUCAUAGGUAUACAGCUCAAGGGAAGGCUACUCUGGAGAAAAACUGUAACUUUAAUAAACAAAGACGCGGGGUUUAAAAGUUUGAAUAAAGAAAUGCAUGCAGUUCAGAUGUUGGCGGUGGUGUCUGUGGUGUUCGUGGUGUGUCUGACACCCCAAACGUUGGUCAUCACCAUCGCCGCCUUGUUCCCUGAGGUCAGCCACUCAGAGAUCUACUACAACAUCUUUCUCUUCUGCUACAGCCUGUCGUACCUGCUGGAGACGGUCAGCUCUAGUGUCAACCCGUUGGUGUACUACAAUAUGAGUGGCCGGUAUAGGAAGACUUUCUUUGUGGUGCUGGAUGUGUUCUUUCAUCUGCCUUAG